AUGCCGAUGGACGGGCGGACAUGUGUUCACGAAGAUGCCAGCAAAAGUCGCUCUUCCAUCUUGGCGGGGCUGGUGAUGCAAGAUUUACGUCAUGACUGUGCUACUGGCACCCCGUUUCAGGCUCUCUCUGGCCACACAGGUCACAUAUUGGCAUUACACACCUGGGGAGGAGCCAUGUUUGUCUCUGGCUCCCAGGACCGAACGGUGCGUUUCUGGGACCUGCGAACCAGAGGCUGUGUUAAUGUUAUCACACCAGCAGCAACACCCACUAAACCAGGUGCUCCUGUGGCAUCAGUGUGUGUAGACCCAAGCGGAAGACUUCUGGUGACAGGUCACGAGGACUCUGUUUGUUCUCUGUACGACGUGCGAGGUUCACGGUGCAUCCAGGCGUUCAGGCCACACUCUUCAGAUGUUCGCUCCAUUAGAUUCUCACCCUCGGCAUAUUAUCUACUUACUGCUGGAUACGACAACAAACUUGUCCUCACUGACCUUCAAGGUGAUCUGACUCUUCCAUUACCCAGUGUUGUUGUGGCUGAGCAUCAAGAUAAAGUCAUCUCUGGUCGAUGGCACCCCACAGAUUUCUCCUUCAUCUCAACCUCUGCAGACAAGAUGUGCACAUUAUGGGCCUUACCUCCUGUUUAAUGUGGAUUAGGAGGAGGCUUUCAUAUCUCAGAUACCUGCAGUCUUUUCUGACAAAAAUAUAUAAGAUAAUGUAUAAAUCAGGCACUCUAACAGUUUAAAUAUUUCAUUAUCUAGUUCACUUUUCAAAAUGUCUUUACCAUUACAAGUUGACAAUGCCUAAGUCAUUUGGUAGUUUCUAAAAUUACUGUCAAAGUUCCUUGUAGUAGGUAAAGAUGUUUGUGUGUGAAAACGAGUCUCAUAAGUGUAUAGUUUGAUGAAAUCUGCAAAUCCUUUCCCCUUGUUCUGUGGUGUGGUGAUGGUAUGGGUAGGAAGCCUCUUCUUAAAGCGGUCUUCUGAGAAGAUCCAUUCUGAUGGUUCAUAUUGGGCAGCAGCGUGUGGAAUUAC